ACUUAUUGUUUUGAUUUACGCUCAAUGAUCCGGAAGUUUAUACUUUAGAUCUAGCUAACGGCUGGACUAACGUUGAAGUUGUUGGAUGCACCCGGAAGGGGCGUCUCCUCCACCCGAAAUGGAGCCGCAUGGUAUUGUGAAAGCGUUUCCAAAAGUGAAGAGGGCGGGUGCCAGGGUGGGGAAAGAAGUACCCCAAAAGAAAAUCAGUGUGGAUGAAACGGUAACAGGACAUUUGUUUGACGGUAUGUUGAUGUACCUACUCCCCGCGGGUAUCGGGAAUGCCCGGUGUGAUAUCUUUCAAAGACAGAUCACCCAGAACGGGGGACAGGUCGAACGCGAAUUCGGUCCCAGUGUGACACACGUCAUGGUGGAUGACUCUAUGGACUGUGCACGAGCGCUGCGGCUACUGAAGUUGGACAGGCUACCUGGAGCGGUACAGCUGGUCAGGUGCUCCUGGCUGGGUCAGUGCAUCACUGGGAAAAAACUGCUAAGCACUACAGACCACAGGCUCCUCCUCCCCGACAGUGUCAGUCAUGUGAAUACUGACGGUCAGGAAGUGGGAGACGAUGCACAUAGUGGUGAUGAGUGCCCUGUUGUUGCCACGGAGAUUCCGCCACUACUUGAACCGACUCAGGAUGAUGCAUCAGAGAAGUUUACAGAGGAACACAAAGAAGAGGACGAAGUCUCGCAGAACGAUCUGGACGCCCUGAUCAAUGGACACCAGCCUGCUGCCCCGACCUCAAACGCAAACAUGAACGCCGACGUGAACGCGAAUGCGAACGUGAACGCCAACAUAAACGCAGCUGAGAAAACCCUCUCAGGGAAGUGGGUCUGCGCCCAGUCCUCCCAGAGCAAGAUCAGCAAUCACAACCAGCACAUCACAGACAAGCUGGAGGUCCUGGCCAAGGCGUACACGCACCAGGGCGACAAGUGGAGGGCGCUGAGCUACUCCAAAGCCGUCAACGCCCUGAAGAGUUACGGGAAGCCCAUCUCCUCAUAUGAGGAGGCCUGUAAGAUCCAAGGCAUUGGCAAACGCAUGGCAGAGAAGAUCAUCGAGAUCAUGGAGAGUGGGCACCUCCGCAAGAUAGACCACCUGGGCGAGGCCGUGCCAGUUCUGGAGCUUUUCACCAACAUCUGGGGUGCCGGUGCCAAGACGGCACAGCUGUGGUACCAGCAGGUUUGGCACGUCUCAUCGCAGUCAGCUCGCUGUGUAAUGCCCUUCCCCCCCACUGCUGCCUCUAGUGGAUUUCGCACGUUGGAGGACAUCCGCACCAAAGCCACUCUGAACUCCCAGCAGAAAGUCGGACUGAAACACUACGAUGAUUUCCUGGAUCGGAUGUCUAGAGACGAGGCGGCCGCUAUUGAGAAGACGGUAAAGGACGCGGCACAGUCGGUGAACCCAGGCCUCCUGGCGGCCGCAUGUGGGUCCUAUCGCCGGGGGAAGGCCACGUGCGGAGAUGUGGACGUCCUGAUCACCCACCCAGAUGGGACGUCCCACAAGGGCGUUUUUAGCAAAAUACUGCAGAGCCUCCGUCAGAGCGGCUUCCUGACGGACGACCUGGUCAGCCACGAGGACAACGGGAACCAGAAGAAGUACCUGGGGGUGUGCCGCCUGCCCGGGCCCGGCCGGCGCCACCGCCGGCUGGACAUCAUCGUGGUGCCGCACGGCGAGUUCGCCUGCGCGCUCAUGUACUUCACCGGCUCGGCGCACUUCAACCGCUCCAUGCGGGCCCUGGCCAAAACCAAGCGCAUGAGCCUGUCGGAGCACUCCCUGAACCGGGACGUGGUCCGGCGGGGCAGCCUGAAGAUCGGCACGGGCGUCCCUCUGCCCACCCUCACCGAGAGGGACGUCUUCGCGCACCUGGGCAUACCCUACAGAGAGCCCCACGAGAGGGACUGGUGACCGACGGCAACGCUGGGGCUGGCGCCGGCCCACCGCAGCGCGGCAGUUACGUUCGAACGGACAGAAACGAAUCGUAUUUAAAGCGUUUUUAGAGAACUGUCAUUUUCAGUUUAUUAGUUUCCUGCGGCUUCCUGUUUAAUGUCUGGGAAUGCUCUGGAAAAGUGGUUUGCUUGGACAUAAUAGAAAUCUUGAAAUGAAAUUUAGUUAAUAGAAAUGUAUAUUAUGAAAAACCUAAAAAAAAAAAAAAAAAACAAAAAAGAAACAAAUGAUCAUGAAUGUUCGCCAGUGAGUUAGUAUUCUGAAUAAAACACACUACUUUGUCCAUGCUUCUUUUGGAACCGGCAGAAUGUAUGUCCUGACUUUUUGAAUGAUCACUCCUUCAAACUCAAUAAUGUUGGCAUGCCUAUCUGAUGCAUAAAUUGCUGACCUUUGACCCUCUGUGUAAUGAGCUUCUCUCUCAGAUGUUUUGCAAGUGCAACUAUAUUGAUAGUAUUUAUAUUGAAUAUAGACAUUAGAGAGGCUUAAUUGUAAAGAUGUAAACAAUAAAGCUGUCUGUAUGCCUUUUUUUUUUUAA